AUGUCGUGGGCACACGUGGACAAGUACAUAAGUAGCACUCCUGAACAUACCUGGGCUUCAAGGUCAAAUCUGUCGCACAUAAACAGCCACAGAAGGACGACAUCUUGCACCUCUUUUGUACUCAACUCAACAGUUCGUCAACGGACAAGUACUGUGAACAGCUUCCAAAACGAGUCAACACCUACCCACUCACUCAUCCUGUAUCAAUCUCAGAACAACGCACCAUCAACCACAAUGGACGUCCUCUCCUCCCUACCACCCUUCCAAUACCUAGUCGCCUAUUUCCUACCCAUAAUGUUCAUAGGCGCCUUCAUCAGCUCCUUCGCCAACCCACACGCCGUCACCGCGUCAGUAUGCUUUCCCCAACCCGCCGACAAACCUAUCAACGCAUUCGUCUACCUUUUUGCCGUCCGCGAACUGGUCUUGGGUAUCGCUCUGAUCUUGCUGGAAGCCUGCAACGAAUGGCGCGCCGUGGUAAUCCUGCUAGCGUGUGUCGGUAUCAACGGUAUGGGCGAUUUCUUACUUGCGGGAAAUCUGGGCACCGGAUGGCGGUCGAGCUUCAUGUGUCAUGGUAUUCCGACCAUUGUUUGCUAUUGGACUGUUUGGAAACUGUGGCAGGAGCAUUUCUAG